AUGUUAGCACUGUGAUUUGUGUAAUUAUAUUAUUUAAACUCACAGUUUUUGAACAUGUGAACUUAUCAAAAUUCUUAUUUUGAAAAAUAUAAACAAACACACAAAACAGCACAAGUCCGACAAUCAGCAAUCGAUACGAAGCUAACGAAAUUGUGCGUGGCAUCGACGCACACUGUUAACUAACAGAAGCGUGUUAUGCUAGCUUACAGAUGGCCGAACAUAUGUUUGCAUUAAAAUAAGUCUUCUCCACUUGCUCGCAAUGGAAAUUGAGCUCGCCGCCGAAAUUCUUGAUUUUAUUAGCACAAACAGCAAACGACAGUCCAGCAGCUCACUGAUAACAUAACCCAAGGCAAACACACGUGCAUGUUUCAUCAAAAACAAUAACAACAACUAAGCUGACGAUAUUUCACGCUUUGUUUACGUAAAUACUACUAGAGUGAAAUCAUCAUGACAACAGUCACAACGGAUCAAAAAGCGAAUCCCGCCAAGUCCUUCAUUGCCGGCGGCUUUGGUGGCAUGUGCAGUGUGCUCACUGGCUAUCCACUGGACACAAUUAAAGUGCGUCUCCAAACAAUGCCUUUACCGGCAGCUGGACAACCCCCUCGCUACAAAGGCAUCAUUGACUGUGCUGUCAAGACAUUUAGUAAAGAAGGAGUGCGUGGUUUCUAUCGCGGCAUCUCAGCGCCCCUCGUUGGCGUCACACCCAUUUAUGCUGUGGAUUUCGCUGUUUACGCGGCGGGGAAACGUCUCUUUCAGUCCGAUGACCAAACUAAACUAACGUACUCGCAAAUCUUCAUGGCUGGCAUGGGUGCAGGCAUCUGCUCGGCUCUUGUCACAGUACCUACAGAUCGUAUCAAGGUGCUGCUGCAAACACAACCUGUUACAGGCGGCCCACUGAUGUACAAUGGCAUGGUGGACACGGCUUUUAAACUGUAUAAACAAGGCGGACUGCGCAGUCUCUUUAAAGGCACCUGCGCUUGCGUGUUGAGAGAUUCACCCACUGGCGUCUAUUUUGUAGUCUAUGAGGGAUUGCAGGAUUUGGCGCGUCGACGCACAGGACACAUAACGCCAACGUCCACAAUUUUAGCUGGCGGUUCAGCUGGCAUUGUUUUUUGGUCUUUAGCGGUGCCUUUCGAUGUACUUAAGAGUCGACUGCAAUCAGCACCCGAGGGCACAUACAAACAUGGCAUUAGAAGUGUUUUUAGGAAAUUAAUGGCCACCGAAGGUCCUAAGGCGUUGUAUCGUGGUGUUCUGCCCAUUUUAAUACGCGCUUUUCCCUCAACGGCCGCCGUAUUCAUAGGAGUUGAAUUGGCCAAUGAUUUGUUAAAUUAGAAUAGACGUAU